AUGACGUCCACAAUCGGCAUCCCCAUCAAGCUUCUCAACGAGGCACAGGGCCACAUCGUUACUCUCGAAAUCACCUCUGGCCAGACCUACCGCGGCAAGCUCCUCGAUGCCGAGGACAACAUGAACGUCCAGCUCAAGGACAUCACCGUCACCGCCCGCGACGGCCGCGUCUCCCACCUCGACCAGGUCUACAUCCGUGGCUCCCACGUGCGCUUCUUCAUCGUCCCCGACAUGCUCCGCAACGCGCCCAUGUUCCGCAGCCGAAACGUCCGCGGCCGCGGUGUUGGUCUCGCCCGAGGUCGCGCGACCGUCAGCCGUGCGCGCGCAGGCGGUCGAGGACGGUAG